UAAUGGGUGGAGAUAAACACGAUUUGAGUUAUUAUGUUAAAUGUAUGAUUGGUGGCACCUUAGCAUGUGGUCUUACACAUACUGCAAUUGUCCCAUUAGAUGUUGUCAAGUGUAGAAGAUAAGUACAUUAUCAUGAUAAUCUUUGUCUAGGUUUUCCCAACUUUGUACAAAUCUUUGGGUGAUGGAUUAAGCACAAUUUAUAAAACUGAAGGAUUUGGUGGACUUACAUUGGCUUGGGGACCAACUUUGAUUGGUUACUCACUUCAAGGAUUAGGAAAAUUCGGAUUCUAUGAAAUCUUCAAAGAUGUUUAUAAAUCAGUUGUAGGAGAAGAAAAUGCCAAUAAAUAUAGAAGAAUCGGUUGGUCUAUUGCUUCAGGAAGUGCUGAAAUCAUUGCUGAUACUCUCUUAUGCCCAAUGGAAGCAAUUAAGGUCAGAAUGUAAACCUCUAAACCAGGUACAUUCACAACAAGUGGAUCUCAAGCAUUUAAUUAAGUUAAAUCUAAUGAAGGUAAUAAUAAUAAAUAAAUAAUUUUAAGGCAUUAAUGGACUUUAUAAAGGUUUAGGACCACUUUGGGCUAGACAAGUUCCAUACACAAUAGUCAAGUUUGUUGCUUUUGAAUAAAUUGUUGCAUUAUUCUAUGAAAAUGUAUUCACAAAACCAAAGGAUUCAUAUUCUAAAUUCACUUAAUUAUCAGUAACAUUUGCAUCAGGAUAUUUGGCUGGUAUCUUUUGUGCUGUUGUUUCACAUCCUGCUGAUACAAUUGUAUCAAAAUUAAACUCAAUCUAAACAGGAGGUAAAUAGAUUUUAUUAUUUUUAGGAUCUUUGGGUGAAAACGUUGGUAAGAUUUAUAAGGAAAUUGGAUUCUCAGGAUUAUGGAGAGGAUUAGGCACCAGAAUUAUUAUGAUUGGUACACUCACUGGUUUAUAAUGGUGGAUUUAUGACAGUUUCAAAACAGCAGUAGGAUUAUAAACUACUGGAGGUGGAAGUAGCAGUGCACCAAAACCCUAAGAAACCAAGCAUUGAU